UCCAACCAUAAAAGUUUCAUCCCAAAACUACCCUUAGAGGGAACCACUAAUUUUGAGUGGCAACUAAAAACAAAAUUAUGAACUUAAAUGUAAUUUCACUAACCUUCCUUCUUGCCGUUGUUUUCCCGCCCGCCGCUGUUCUUUCCAUUUUAUAAAAACCAUGGGAAACUUCCUCGUAACUCCUAACUCGGAAUCCGGAACCCAACUCACUCUUAACUCGUCGAUUGUGUUAGCGCUAUCAGCUCGUUGAUUCAAAAUAGAAGCUUUCUUUGGGUUAUCCUAAUAUAAGAUCGCGUUAAUACCGGAGUAUGGAAGGUGUAUGUGAGACAAAGUCAUGUACAACUGAGUUGAAAUCUGUUGAAUUUGGGAAUCAUCAAAAUGGUUCUUUGAUGGAGACUGGAUUAGGGAAUUCUGGGUGUUCACAUUAUAGAAGAAGGUGUAAGAUCAGAGCACCUUGUUGCAAUGAGGUUUUUUAUUGCAGACAUUGCCAUAAUGAAUCUAAGAAUUCCCCGGAAUCUAGUCCUCUUAAGCAACAUGACAUUCCACGCCAUGAAGUUGAAAAGGUCAUUUGCUCCCUAUGUGACACAGAACAAGAUGUACAACAGUAUUGCAUCAAUUGUGGAGUCUGUAUGGGGAAGUACUUCUGUGGUAAAUGUAAAUUCUUUGAUGAUGAUGUUUCUAAAAACCAAUAUCACUGUGUUGAAUGUGGCAUAUGUAGAACUGGAGGCGAGGAGAACUUCUUUCAUUGCAACAAAUGUGGAUGUUGUUAUUCAAAUUUAAUGAGGGAAGUACAUCGUUGCAUUGAGAAGGCAAUGCACCACGAUUGCCCUAUUUGCUUCGAGUUUCUCUUCGACACAAUGAAAGAUGUAACCGUUUUACCUUGCGGACACACAAUGCAUUUGGGAUGUUUGAGAGAAAUGGAGGAACAUUAUAGGUACUCUUGUCCCGUUUGCUCAAAGUCUAUCUGCGAUAUGUCGAAAUUGUGGAGAAAGCUUGACAAAGAGAUUGCUUCAACCCCAAUGCCUGCAGUAUACCAAAAUAAGAUGGCAUGGAUUCUAUGCAACGAUUGUGGAGCCACUUCAAAUGUACAGUUCCAUAUAGUGGCGCACAAAUGCCCGAGUUGCGAGUCCUACAAUACGAGACAGACGCGUGGAGGCCCCGUUGGUGGUUCCUGCUCUGAGAUGGAAUUCUUUGAGGAGGCUCGGAAGAUCGAAGAGAAUUCCACCUUCAAAACUGGGAUACUUAAACCAAACCAAAAAUUGAAAGGGGACUUGGACAGGUUCCUCAAUCAAGCCCAAAGCAUGAAGCUAGCUUGGAGGAUCAUCUAGGAAAGAGAUAAACUCUAGGUCUCAGUGAGAGAAUGCCGCUUUAUUAAAAAAAGGCCUGAGAUGGCAGGUGCAAAAUGGUAAGAUGACUGGAAUGGGCUAGGUCCUCCCCAG